GUAUGCUGGUCGCGAGCCUCGGAGAAGGCGGGAAGAGGUUGCUGCUACUGCUGCCUUCGCCGCUGGCGUUUCUCCACACUAGCACCCCCUGCCCCAUCUGCCCGGCCCGGAGCUGGAGGCCGAAACUGGCAGGGGUGGAUAAAAGAAUGGCGAACUCCUUUUCAGCACAGAACUUUGUUGCACUUCCAGAUCUGCGUCCAAAUCUGGCUCAUCCUAGUAUAAUCGGUAUGGUUAUUGGGAAAACAGAUGUCAAAGGCUUUCCAGACAGAAAAAAUAUAGGGUCUGAAAGAUACACUUUCAACUUCACCAUUCGAGAUUCACCAACUUAUUUUAUAAAUGUAACAUCCUGGGGAAAGGAAGAUUAUAUUAAAUCACUUUCCAAAAGCUUUAGAGUUGGUGAGUGUGUGAUAAUUGACAAUCCAUUAGUGCAGACAAAGGAAAUAGAAAAAGAAGAAAAAUUCAAUCCUACAACUCCAAGUUCCUAUAAACUGUUGCUCAGUGAGAAUCAUUCUGCAGUCAGAGUUUGCUCCAGCUAUCAAGUGGACAUUAAGUUACUUUCCUUGUUGCAUUUACCUAUAAAAGAUUCUCAGGAUUACUAUUCACUAGGUGAUAUUAUUGCAAAUGGUCAGACCCUCGAUGGAAGAAUUAUUAAUGUGCUUGCAAUCGUAAGAUCGAUUGGAGAACCGAAAUACUUUACAACCUCAGACAGAAGAAAGGGUCAGAGAUGUGAAGUAAAGCUAUAUGAUGAAACAGAGUCUUCUUUUGCAAUGCUAUGCUGGGAUAAUGAAUCUAUUCUACUUGCACAGAGUUGGAUACCACGAGAAACAGUAAUAUUUGCUGCAGAUAUAAGAAUAAAUUUUGAUAAAUUUCGAAGCUGUAUGACUGCAACUGUCAUCUCGAAAACCAUUAUCACAGCUAAUCCAGACACACCAGAAGCUAAUAUCCUAUCAAACUUUGCAAGAGAAAAUGCAGAAGCCACAGCUCUAGAUGAUGAAAUUGAGGCUCAAUUAAAAGAAUCCAUAAAUUUACAGGCAAUAGUUGAUGUGUAUACAGUAGAACAAUUAAAGGCAGUAGCCUUGAAGAGUGAGGGAAAAACUUAUCCCUUCUAUGGCAUCCUUUAUGCCCACAUUUCCACACUGAACAUUGAUAAUGAAACUGUGAAAAUAGCACGAAACAGAUGUUCAGGCUGUGGUUAUUUUGUAAGUGAAGCAUCUAGCACUUGUACAUCUUCAUUCUGCAACAAAGAUUCUUCAGGACAUAAAUCUGUAUUUCUCAGCUUUGAUUUGCUUAUUGAUCUCACUGAUCACACUGGCACUCUUCAUUCCUGUAGCCUUACAGGAACUGUUGCUGAGGAAACUCUAGGCUUCACGGUACAUGAAUUUCUUGCGCUAACAGAAGAACAGAAAACAACAAUAAAGUGGCAAUUUCUCUUGGAAAGAAGCAAAAUUUAUUUAAAAUUUGUGUUAUCACCCAAGGCAAGAGGUGGACUGAGAACUCAUGUGCUUUCAUGUAAGCUUGCUGAUCCUAUUGAAGCCAGUAGGAUAUUAUCUGGAAAAAGUAACAAAUUUGAAAAUCUGAAAAGCCAUUAGAAGUUUCAACUACUUUGAAAAAGGAAUAUGUUUUUUUUAAAAGUGAAAAAUAUUUAAAUUCUACUUUGUCCAAAUAUUGUAUCUUAUUGUUGUGGUAAAUUCUUAUAAUGUUUCCUUCUUCUCUUUAUUUAAGUUCAGUCUUUGCAGGGUUAGACAGAGAGUUGUGGGGAAAUGGCCACUGAACUCACAUUCUCUAAAAUUCUGUCUACUGGUUUAGGUACCAUAUUUCUUCCAAAGGGCAUUGGAACAUGUUCAUCAAGACUAAUAAACCUUAUAGAUCUUUCCUACCAGAAUGUGUGAGUUCCUUUUCCUAGCCACUUUGUGCUUCCCAUAUCCUCCCCCCAACUUUAUCUUUCCAGAAGAAAAACUUUAUAGCUUAAAAUCUUAAUUUCACUGCAGAAUGAAUGUGGCUUUCUAAAGUAGAAAAAUAAUAUCUGUGACAUGGAAAGAGAAUUGUCAUCAGUGUCAGAGUGAAAGUUGAAGUAGUCCAUGGACAGUAUGGUAUAACUGAUUUGACAGUACCUUCCUGGGGGGAAAGUCUACCUUCUAUGAUGGCAAAACAGCAUUAUCCACGUUUUACUAAAGUCUUGAUGACUUGCAGAUUUACAUUUAAGAGUCUUGAGUCACCUGGGAGGAGAUUGGCUUCAAAGGUUUUACUAGUUUAGAGUAGUACUGUAGUCCCAGGAACUUUAAAGGUUUUAGAAAUUCCCAAGGAUAUUAAAUUAUGAGUCUCUCUUAACUCAGUUUUUCUCAUACCUGCACCAAAGAAGUUGAUCAGUUAUGAACAGCAACACAUAGCUCUUGGUGUUCUACUGUACAGAACUCAAAUUGGGAAGAUCAACUACUAUAAUGAACAUUGUUCCACAGUGUGUAAGAAUUAUGUCAACAUUUGGGGGCCAGUAAUUCAAAAGUUAUCACUUCAUCAUCAAGACUGAAUGUAUAAAGUAAGUGAAAAUCUUUUAUAAUCUUAGUGUUGGCAGAUAGAACUUGUACUCAAUUUAUCAAUGAAACCUGCUUUAUCAUAUCUUUGUAGUAUGUCAUAUUUUGUGAUAUAUGAUUCAAUCCAAAUUCAAGUAAUAAUAAGACAUGUUAGAAAAUUGUCUUUUCAGUAUGGCACAAUGGAGAGAACUCUGGAUUUGGAGUCAAAAGAUGUGGAUUCAAGUUCUAACUUGGCCAUUUACUUAUUUGUGUGACCACAGUCAAGUUCCUAAACAAUGGCGGCUCAUUCAGCUUUAAAAUUAAUAUAGUAAUACCUGUAAUGACUACCCCAAAGGGUUGUUAUAAGGAAAUGCUUUAUAAAUCUUAAAGUUCUAUAUAAAGUAUGAAUUAUUAUUGUUGCUAAAAUAAGCUUACAUCCUCAUGGAAGUACAUGGACUAUUCUACCAAUAUACUAAAGAACUGCUUCCCUUUUGCUAGAGUGACCUUAGUUCCUAGGAAUGCAUAAAACCAUAGAUUUAGAGCUAGAAAGACCUUAGAGGUCACCUAGUCCAAUCCCCUCAUUUCACAGAAGAGGAAACUGAGGCCCGGAGUGAUUAACUUACCCAAGGUUACACUGGUAUUGUGGGUCCCCUUACACUGUGACCGUGGCAAUUCAUUUCAUAGUGUAUGCUUUGUGGUUUCUAUAAUCCUUCUUACUGUAUUUAAAGGGAUAUGUUUGCUUCUCGAAUUUUGAAACUGCAAAUCUCAGCCUUUCUCACUUUGUCAAAUAUAAAUGAAUUUAUAAUAUCAUUGUGAGAAAAUAUGCCUAUGUACACCUAUAUUUAUACAUAGCCAUAUUAAUAAUUAAAAGAUUAUAGAUAUUAGAAAUUUAUUCUCCCUCCCCUAUAGAAUCUGAUAAUUCCUAUCCAUAUGGGAAAAAGCCAUAAGUACCUUCUUUGAUCUUCACUUGAGAAAUCCAGUGACAUUAUUUUGACACAAGUGAUCGAUAAAUCUUAUAAGGAAAGAUCUUCCAUGUCCCCUGUAUGACUCUAAACAUUAGGCUAUAAGCCAGAGUGUGGUUAUCUAUGUUGACCUGAGAAUUUAGCCAGUUCUCAGGAGAUGUGCUCUGGGAACCUGGCCAGUUCAUCAGAACAUAUCAGGUUAAUUAACAUUCUAAUAUGUUUUGCUUGCUCCAGGAACUUGGCCAGUUCCUGGACCAAGUAAAAACAUCUACUAGAAUCAUGGGCACCUCCUGGCAUGGGGCCUUCUU